AUGACGUGUUUCGAGGACUCUAAAAAGAAGAUGGCAGUGUGUUAUUUAGACAAAGACGCGGCAGAAUGGUGGGAGAGUAGGGAUCACCAAGUAGGACAUCUGGUCACCACUUGGGCGGCAUUCAAAAAAGAAUUUGAAUGCAAGUAUUUCACUUCGGAGUCCAAGCGAAGGCUUCAACGUCAGUUUGCUAACCUAGUACAAGGAGACAAGACAGUUAGAGGAUAUGAAUCUGAGUUCAUGCGACUGCGACGACACGUGCUGCGAGGACCAGAUGAUGAAGAAACCAUGAUAUCUAACUUUAUGUUUGGUCUGAAACCAGAUUUGGAAAAUAGACUGGCAGUCGGGAACUACGAGAGUCUCACCGAGCUAGUGGAAAAGACUGUGAAUGUGGAGAUCGGAUCGGAAGCUGAAAAGGCGGCAAGUAAGAAAUCCAAGCAGCAUCAAGCAGGGAAGUAUGGUGGAAACCAAAGAUCUUUUAAGGGUAAAGAUAAGGAAAAGGAAUCAGAAGGGCCAAGUCGACGAUCUUUGUUCACAGGAAAAUGCUUUGACUGUGGCAAGACAGGCCAUAAGUCCACUACGCCAAUCACUGUCCAUCAUCCUACAACUCCACCUGCAAUCGCACCAGCGCCAAAAAGGCAAGCAAUAGGAGGUGGAGUUUACGCUUUAGAACUAGAGGAUACUAAACCUCCAGCCCCAUCUAAGGGUCCCAUCACAGGAACUUUACAUGUUGCGGGGCAUCCCACACAUGUAUUGUUCGACUCAGGGGAAACACAUAGCUUUGUGGCCCCUGAGGUAGCUGCCGAGUUUGUGGGUUCAUUUGUGAUUGACAGGGUGGAUGUGGCUGUGAUGACUCCCGGAGACCAAACCCUCCAAGCAAAAGAAUGCCUCAGAAGAGUUCCGUUAGUCAUUUGCGAGAAGAUGUUCUUGGCAGAUUUGUUGGUGGUGCCCUUAAAAGGAUAUGAAGUUAUCUUGGGCAUGGAUUGGUUAUCAGGCUACCGGGCACAAUUAGAUUGUGGAAAAGGUCGUAUUUUGUUCAAGGAGAACGGGCAACGACAAAUAGGGUUUUACGGGAUCAGUCCAAGCAAGUCUGUGUCUUUAGUAGCUGCCUUGAGAGUGGAAGAUUUGCUUAAGGAUGGAGAAGCGUAUCUGGUAACAAUAACUGCUAGUGAAGGGCCCACUAGCAACGGAGUUGAAAUUACGGAUAUUGCGGUAGUACAAGAGUUCAAGGAUGUGUUUGAAACGUUGAAAGAGUUACCUCCACCUCAGAGUAACCCUUUCACAAUUAACUUGGAACCUGAAGCGAUGCCGAUAACAAAGGCUCCCUACGACAUGGCACCUGCGGAGUUUGCAGAGUUGAAGAAACAACUUGAAGAUAUAAUGGAGAAAGGUUUCAUAAGACCUAGCUCUUCACCAUGGGGAGCUCCGGUCUUAUUUGUCAAGAAGAAGGAUGGUAGCAUGCGGCUUUGCAUUGAUUAUCGAAGAAUCAACAAUAUCACCAUCAAAGAUAAGUAUCCCCUUCCAAGGAUAGACGAGUUGUUGGAUCAGCUAAGGGGAGGAAGUUGGUUUUCAAAGAUCGACUUGGCGUUGGGCUAUCAUCAGAUUCCAAUUUCAGAAGAGGUAGAGCACAAAGCACACUUGAAGCUAGUGUUGGAACGGUUAAGAAACCAGAAGCUGUAUGCCAAGUUCAGCAAGUGUUCUUUCUGGAAAAAAGAGAUCGGGUUCUUAGGGCACCAAGUGUCUGGAGAAGGAGUUUCUGUAGAUUCAGAAAAGGUGAAAUUCAUCGAGGAAUGGCAAAGGCCAUCAACGGUAACCGAGGGAAAAGAAACGGAUGAAGCAUUUCAGAGACUGAAGAAAGCUUUGACCACAACACCGAUAUUGGCAUUACCUGAACAAGGUAAACCUUACACUCUGUACGCAGAUGCUUCUAGGGUUGGGUUGGGUUGUGUGUUGAUGCAAGAAGGCAAAGUCAUUGCUUAUGCAUCAAGGCAGCUCAGGAAGCAAGAAGAUAACUACCCAACACACGACUUAGAAAUGGCGGCAGUGGUGUUUGCGUUAAGGAUUUGGAGAUCCUACUUAUAUGGAGAAGUCGUGGAAGUAUUCACAUAUCAUAAGAGUCUCAAGUAUUUGUUUACACAACCUGAUCUGAACCUCCAACAAAGGCGAUGGAUGGAGUUUGUGGUGGAUUACGACCUGAAGAUUCAAUAUCAUCCAAGCAAAGCUAAUGUGGUCGCAAAUGCACUAAGUUGUAGAAAGUUAGCGUCCGAUGUUGGAAAGGAAGUGGAAGCAUUAUCAAGUGAACUCAAGUUGAUGGCUUUAUGGGCAAUUGAAGGGGACCCAAGUGAGCCUUUAGGCAUACGUACCGUAAACCAGGCAGGUUUAUUCGCACGGAUCAGACAGGAGCAACAACGUGAUGAGAAGUUAAAAGGAAUCAUCACAGAAGUUAAAAAUCAAGAAGCUCCAAACGCAAGUGGCUAUCAUGUGGCAGCAGAUGAUACAUUAUUACUUAAUGGGAGGAUAUCAGUACCACAGCGAGAAGGGAUACGAGAUGAGAUUUUGAAGUCGGCGCAUCACUAG